GUUAAAGUUUCGCUAUCACAAAGCUGCAUCGCGCGCCUCAUGAUUUGCCGACCAUGGCCGCCACCUACCAUUUGGUCGGAGAAGAAGACAAUUAACGGCCACCGAUUUCCUUUCAAUUUACUAUUCCGACCUAUUCAUCGUCCAUUCACACCCGUUAAUCAAUCUGCAGAUAAUCGAGGGCAGACAAUUGAAAUGGAAAACAAUAGUGCAGCUAAGCCCAGAGUACUCUGCCUCCAUGGAUACAGAACAAGCGGUGAAAUUCUUAAGAAGCAGAUAUUUGGUGCGUGGUCGGAGAAAGUAACUUCAAAAUUAGACCUCGUAUUCCUCGACGGUCCAAAUCCCGCCCGUGGGAAGUCCGAAGCUGAGGGUUUUUGUGAUCCUCCUUAUUACGAAUGGUAUCACGCUAAUGAGGGCUUCACUGAAUACUAUCAUUUCGAAGAAUGUAUUUCUUACAUUGAAGAUUACAUGAUUAAACAUGGCCCUUUCGAUGGUCUUCUUGGGUUUUCUCAGGGAGCACUUUUAUCGGCAGCAUUUCCCGGGAUGCAAUUGAAUGGAGUUGCUCUCACCGGAGUUCCAAAUAUCAAGUUUGUGAUUCUUGUUUCAGGUGCUAUAUUUGGAGGACUCAAGUUGUUUGGCUCACCCAAACUUGCUGCUAAUGCAUUUUCUUCGCCUAUCAGAUGUUCAUCUCUCCACAUUAUUGGGGAAAUGGAUUUCUUGAAGGAAAAGGGAAUUGAGUUGUUGGACUCUUUUGUGGAGCCGACAGUAAUCCAUCAUCCCAAGGGACACAUAGUUCCUAGGCUUGAUGAGAAAAACAUGGAAAUUAUGCUUGGGUUCAUCGAGAAGAUUGAAAAGUUGCAAUAGUGUUAUUUUACUUUCGAAUAAAGAUGAGGAUAGGGUUGUAAACGAAUCGAAUCGAAGCGAAUAUUACUGUAUUCGAUUCGUAUUCGUGAAACUAUUCGAAUAUUCGUAUUCGUAUUCGAAUUUUUUUCGAAUAAUUAAUGUGAU